AUGAAACAUAAAAUAUACAAUAAAAACAUAUCUAUCCAUCUAUCUAUCUAUCUAUCUAUCAUCUAUCAUCAUCUAUCAUCUUUUAAAUUCCCACCCAUCCCUAUCUAUUCAUAUCUAUUCAUCUAUUCAUUCAUCUAUCUAUUCAUAUCUAUUCAUUCAUUCAUCUAUCUAUUAAAUCUUCUAUUCAUCUUUAUAUAUAUCAAAUUAGUUUCAUUCAUUCAUCUAUCUAUCUAUCAUCUAUUCAUCCAUUCAUUCAUCUAUCUAUCUAUCUAUCUAUCUAUCCAUAUCUAUCUAUCAUCUAUCUAUCUAAAAUCUAUCUAUCUCAUCUAUCCAUAUCUAUAUAUCAUCAUCUAUCUUAAAAUCUAUCUAUCUAUCUAUUCAUCUAUCUAUAUUCAUCUAUUAAAAAUCUAUCUAUCUAUCUAUCUCAUUCCAUCUAUCCAUUCAUAUAUAUCAUAUAUUUUAUUCAUCUAUCAUCUAUCCAUAAAUAUCCAUCUAUCAUUAUCUAUCUAUGAAUCUAUCUAUAUCUAUCUAUCUAUUCAUUCAUCUAUCUAUCUAUCUAUCUAUUCAUCCAUCUAUUCAUCAUCUAUAUCUUAA